AGAGACUUCUGUAUUCUCUCUUUCAUUCACUACUUCCCUCACUUCUCUCUCCUCUCUCAAAGAGAGACCAUUGGAGGGAGAGAAAAAACAUAGCUAGCUAGAAAGCAGGAGCAGCAGCAGGCAGCAGCUAGCCAUGAAAAACACCAUCAGGUGCUGCAUCUCUUGCAUUCUUCCAUGUGGAGCUUUGGACGUGAUUCGAGUCGUACACUCUAACGGCAGAGUCGAGGAAAUCAGCGGCACAAUCCGGGCCAGCGAGAUCAUGAAGGCGUACCCUAAGCACGUCCUCAAGAAGCCCUCCUCGUCGGCGUCCGAUCACGACGGGGUCGUUCCCAAGAUCGUGAUCGUUCCGCCCGACGCGGAACUCCAACGAGGAAAGAUUUACUUCCUCAUGCCGAUGCCUGCCGCUUCGAAGACGUCCGAAAAGAAGGGGAGGACAAGAUCGUCGUCGGCGAAGAAGAAGCGAAUCAAAGACGCCGAAAACAACAACGUCACCAACAACAACAACGUUGUUUUGAACAGCAUCACCAUGACCAACCUGUUGAUAAAUGAUCGGUACUUGAGCGAAAUACUGUCGGAAAAGCAUUCGUCGCAGCGGGAUCGGCGGCGAGGACGUGUUGGGGUUUGGAGGCCGCACUUAGAGAGCAUUUGUGAGUCACCAAGUGAUGUGUAAUAUUGGCGGAUUUUCAUUCUUUCGAUCUUCUUCUUCUUAGUUUUAUCAUUUGUCUUAAAGGUUCAUAUAUUUUAGUAGGGUUUGCAAAAAAAAAAAAAAAGUACUACUGCCAAUUCUUUUUUUUUUCUACCUCUUUUAAUUUCCUUAAUUUUCUGCCUUUUUCUUUGUUUUUUGUUUCUUGUUUUGUAUAUAUAGAAAAAAAAUAGGGAAAGAAGAAAUAAUAGGCAAACAAGUUCUAUGAGAGGGUCUCAAUCAUUGGCUCAUGGUAAUUAAUCCGUAUGUCUGUCUGUGGUUUUUGUUUAAUUAUUUCAUGCAAUGGAUAUUAUGAAAUCUAAUUAAUCUUGUAAUAUUUGGAGAGGGGUGAAGAUCAAGAAACUAAAUUGUUCUGGUUUUGCCUAACUCUCUGUUUUCUUUCGUGUGGAAGGAGGAGUUUUUUCUUCUUCUUUUUUCUUUUAUCAAUGUGGAAGGAGGAGUUUAUCUGAGGAAAGAGACUACUGUGCUGCAUAUCAUACAUAUGGAAAUGAAUUAAAGUCGCAA